AUGGCUGUCCCUCCGAAAACAUCGCCCAGCGCCUCGUCACCCGCCCAGCGCCACAACGCCCACGGCGCUCCCCCGAAACAGCCCCGACUGCGGGCCUCGUGCGAUGGCUGCUUCGUCGCCAAGAUCAAGUGCUCCAAGGCGAGACCCAUGUGCUCGCGCUGUCUCCAGAACGGACUCAUAUGCCACUACUCGCCAUCGAGUCGCGCAAGCCACGCCCUCAACAACACCAGCAGCAAGGACAAGAAAAAUGGUCAUGGCCCCGCAGCGAGCGGCGCCGCAAAGAAGGCGAUGAGGAAGAGUAGCACCACUGUUCUCGUCUCGACCAUGACAGACGAGAGCUGCGAGUGGCUCGCGCGGAAUCCAGCCAUCAUCUUUCCCACAAACAGCCUGACGGACCAGUUCAAUGCUGAUGUCAACGACAUGGCGUCGCGUGGGCUGCCUACACUUCCGGAUCUCCUGGCGCCAGGUGGCCAGAUCAGCAACAGCUGGUGCUGGCCAGGGCCACCCAUGCUGCCACACCAGCACAACGUGCCACUCGCACUCCAGCAAUCCUAUUUCCCAGCAGAGUACAUGCCCUGCGACGAGGCGCAUGGUUCAGGGGAGGAGUGGCCUAUGCUCCGCGAACACUAUCACGAUGUACUGAGCCCCGGGCUUGCCCCUGAACAUAACAUGCACAUGACGGAGACGCCAUCCCCGGAGUGGGUUCUCGAUAGCCGCAAGCAAAUUGGCACCGGCGCAUGGAAAGACAUAUACUCAUAG